AUGGAUGUUGAUGAAGUCGAGAUUGCCGUCAAAGCUGUGGGUGUGAAUUUCAGAGACAUUCUCAUCGCGCUUGGUCAGCUACCGGAGCAUACUCUUGGGUCAGAGUGUGCAGGAAUUGUGACUCGGGUUGGCGAUGCUGUUAAAGGCCAAUUUAAGAUCGGAGAUCGAGUUGUUUGUGCCAUGAAGGGGGCAUACCGUACAUAUGGUCGGUGCAGGGCAGGCUGCGUGACGAUUCUUCCCCCAGAACUAGAUUUUGCAACGGAGCAUCGUUUAUAGUGGCAUUUUCCACGGCAUACUAUUGUCUGAUUACAGUUGCGCAUAUUCAAAAGGGUGAAUCGGUCCUCAUACAUGCUGGCGCUGGUGGGUUUGGACAGGCUUCAAUCCAGCUCGCUAAAAUGUCAGGCGCAGUGAUUUAUGUCACUGUGAGCACUAGAGUAAAGAAGAGGCUUCUCAUGGACUUAUACGAUAUUCCAGAGGACAACUUUUUCUCAAGUAGGACGUUGGCCUUGAAAGAUGGCAUCAUGAAACAGACCGGUGGACGUGGGGUUGAUGUGGUAAUCAAUUCUUUGACAGGAGAUGCUCUUCGAUAUUCUUGGGAGUGUCUAGCUCCGUUUGGUCGCUUUAUUGAAGUGGGUAAGCGAGACAUUCUCGCUCCCUCUGUGUCGGCGCUGGGUGGAUUGCCAAUGUCGCCUUUCUCGAAGAACGUGACGUUUGCUAGCGUUGACUUGAUCUUAAUAUGUCAAAUGCGGCCAGAUUUAUACAAGGAUUUUAUCACAUCCGUGAUUGAUCUCGCUAAAUCAGAGAAAAUCACGACCCCUCAGCCUCUCACUGUAUACAAGGUAUCUAAAGCAGAGGAUGCUUUUCGGCUUAUGCAAAGCGGAAAGCACAGCGGAAAAUUAGUUCUGGAGUUUGACGAUAAUGAUCGUGUCAGGGUAACUCCGCCUUUUAAACAACUUGAUAUAUUUGAUUCGCAAGCAACAUACGUAAUUGCUGGAGGCCUCGGAGGUAUCGGUCGUAGUAUCUCCAAAUGGAUGGUUUCUCGAAAUGUGAAACACCUUGUCCUGCUCUCCCGGAAAACGGUAUAUCCUCAACAGAUUCUGGACUUUUUAAGAAGCUUGAAGGCUAAGGGUGUAAAUGUUCUCACGCCACCUUGCAAUGUGGCAGAUGAGGACGCAUUAAAAGAGGUCUUGGCUGUGUGUGCAAAGAUAAUGCCUCCCAUUCGUGGUUGCAUACAAGCGUCUAUGGUCCUAAAGGUUAGUUUGGAACUUACUUUGUAUUUUUGGGCCUGAUAUAACCACUAUGUGUAGAGUGCAAUGUUUUCUAACAUGACCUUUGAUGAUUUCGAGGCAACAGUCAAACCUAAGGUGGCAGGCGCCUGGAAUCUCCACAAGCUACUACCAUCGAAAAUGGACUUUUUUAUCAUGCUCUCGUCAUAUGCCGGAAUUGUUGGUUCACUAGGGCAAAGCAACUAUGCGGCUGGCAACACCUAUCAAGAUGGCCUCGCUAGAUAUCGUGACUCGAUUGGAGAAAAAGCGACCUCAUUGGACCUCGGUAUAGUCGAAUCCGUUGGGUUUGUUGCAGAGCAUGAUGAAAUACGAGGCUUUUCGGAAGCAGGCGGUAACCAUAAACUUACCCAGGUAGAUCUUCACAAAGUUCUGGCCUAUUACUGCAAUCCGGGGCUAGAUCAACAUUCUGCAAUGAAGAGCCAAGUAAUCACUGGGUUGCCGCUUCCAAGAACUCUGAGAGAAAAGAAUAUUGUCGAACCCGAUUGGCUUUCCAAGCCUCUCUUUGGGCAACUUCAUGAGAUUGACGCUAGAAACCAUGAAGUAUCACGGGAUCCUUCAAAUUUCGCAAAUCUGGGCGCACUCGUUUCAUCCUCAGCUUCCCUAUCUGAUGCCAAUACCAUUAUAUCCAAUUCUCUUAAGACGAGAAUGGCUAGCCUGCUUAUGAUAGAAGAAGACGCUGUUGAUUUGGAUAAGCCUAUUCAUAGUUUCGGGGUGGACUCUCUUGUAGCGGUCGAGAUACGAAAUUGGUUUAAAAAGGUAGUAGAUGCCGAUAUAGCGGUCUUCGACAUACUGGGACAGGAUAGUAUCAGCUCGAUGGGUGCAAUAGCAACGAGAAAGAGUGGUUAUACUCCAGCCUUUUUGGAAACUGAGCUCUAG